CACACAAAGCAUGUCCUCUCUCCCACUCCCACCCCCAUCUCCACCCGUACCCUCACCCUCCACCUCCGCUCUUCUCAAUGAAGCCGAUGGAUGAUGUAUGGAAUGAAAUCAGCGGCCUCCCAUCUCCCACCCCUAACCACUUCCAAGACUUCUUUUCUCCGGUGCUCCGGCAGCCUGGAACCACCACUCCCUUCCUACCUCCUCCGCCGUCCACCACCACCAUGUUAACUCUACUAACCACUACCAACCCCGCGCAUGAAGAUCCCAAUAAGAGACAUAAACCUAAUCCACCACCACCACCACCGCAUAAUAGUAAGCCGGCCACCAGCACUUCUCCACCUGAAUACACUGAAAAAUUCCGGCGAUUGAUGAAGAAUCGAGAAUCUGCUGCUCGAUCCAGAGCAAGAAAACAGGAAGUAGUGCGAUUAGCCAAGGAAAACGCGAAACUCAAGCGGAUGCAAAAAGAAGUAUCUGCGCCUCCAAAAGUAUCAAGACUUCAGAGAACAAAAAGUGCCCCGUUUUGACAAGUUUGCCCUUCUAGAAAUUUAGAUUUUUUUGCGCUUUUGGGGCAAAGUAGGAAAUGACUAUUUUGGGCAUUGGUUAUGAUGAGAUGGGGACAUGUUUGUCCAUAUUUAGCAUUUUACUGUGUCCAUCAAAUUCAAUCAUUCAAUAUGUCUGUAGUAAAAAUAUUCUCUCGUGCUCAUUUGUAUAAUCUCCUUUUUGCCCUUGUAUCUAAACCUAUAUGUAUGGCAUGGAAGGGGGAAGGCAAUCAUUUGAACCGAUGAAUUUGGAAACCGAACCAUAUGUGUUUCUUCGGUUUUGGGGUUUAUGACAUUCUUUGUUCCCUUUA